CGGUUCGUCGUAUGCAGAGUGAAUACUCGCUAGCCCGCCGAGGCCGCCAGUGAGCACUUCCCGACGACUUGAGAUGUCACUUACAGACGUAGCCGAUUGAGGUGGCCGGGCUCUGGUGAAUGUGUCGUGGGGUGACGCCAGAACCUGCACCUCGCACUCUCUGGAAGCUGCGCUUUCUGCCCCCCACACAGCGACAUCCGCUGGAACUCGAAGACCCUAAGAGGACAACAGCAGCUAUAGUAGCCUCCUUUGGAUCCGCUCGCGCUACUUCGAUCCAUCUUCAGCCACGUCGCGUACGCCAGAGGACGAAACCUUCGCACCGCCAGCUCACAAACCCUACAGCUGGGCUCUGGUGGCACGUCAAGCUGCAGGCGAGAAGGUAUAAAUCCAGGCUACAGCUCGCCUAAGCGUACAAGCUGAGGAUGGUUUCGCAGCUUAUCCGAUGUGGCGACAGCAAGUGGAUCUCAGAAGAUCUCGCGAAGCUCGUAGGUGAAAAGGUACGUCUACACCGUACAAUGGACUGUGGGCACUUUUUAAGCCUCGGGCGCAGGUCAUGCUGUCCGACAAUGGCAGGUACACUACCGCAGGCCGCGCAAAGGAGGAAUGGGACCGCUUUCUCAGGGUUCAUCCGCCAUUCAGGGUUCAUGGACCUUCCCGCCGAGCUUCGUCGAGAAAUCCACAACUUAUGCAAUGAACAAGUCGAGACCGCAGUCUUCCUUCGCGGUGUCUACGGGCGUCCACGCACUGAGGUCAGCCUUCCUGGCGUCGCGUUCGUCAGCAAAAUCCUCUAUGUCGAAACCAUAACGGCAUACAUCGAAGGCACGACAUUCCAAAUCCACAGUGGACCGGCCAACCACCAAUUUCAAGGCUGGCUCGAAGAGAAAGAUCUCUCAUUUAUCUCACUUCGUUAGGGCGACGGGUUCACCGUUGUGAAGUCGCUGGCAUUCCCGAGUCAAGGCGCCGAGCAUACAUCGACAGCGACAUACAAGAAAGGUAUCCAAUGUCUGUUGCGCCUUUAAAAAACGAACGCCAGCUCCUUGCACACGGCUCUCGUAUCCUCAUGAGUGGCAAAUGAUGUCUUGUCGCUUUGCGCGUUCAGGUGGGCUCGAUAUGCCUGGCGAAGCAUGUCUGCCGCAACCGCUGCCGCGUAUUACGGUGGGUUGAAGAAACUACAGUGGACGAUGGUUGACGGUGAGAUCUGAAACUGGCGCAG